UACUCGUCAGAGCUGAUUUGGGCACGGUUGUUUGCGCUCGGUUGCGUUGGUGCGAGGCACAUACAGAUAGCCUACAAGCGCGGGCAAUUGGCCUAUCUGUAUUUUUCCUCAGACUCUUAGCAGUUGUGCUGCACCCGGCUGAAGCCGCUGGGCUACUGGUACUGGUCAUUUCAUUGAUUUUGCAAGACUGCAUCCAAGAGUCUUCUGAAGAUAUUGAAAUUAUUAGACUGAAAAACUAUCUGGCCUUAGACAGGGUCUGUCAGCGAUAAAUGGAAUAUCUUCAUUCGCAUAAGUAUUUAUAGUCCCAUGUGCACUCGUGGAUUCAUACAUAAAUGUCUGAAAAAAAUGUAUGGCUCGUUGGUUUCUUUACCCCCUUAGAUUCUGAAGCUGGAUAUCACAAAUCUGUGUCUCUCUGUGUCCCCAAACGGCUCUGGAGUUUUCUUUGAGUGGAAAUUGUUAGGUUCGACAAUUCCCCUAAACCAAGACCUUGUGGAUCAGCUUGUUAACUCAAUGGCCGCACAAAAUGCAAGGUUAUCUCAAUGGCCGCGCAAAAAGCAAGGUUAACUGAGUGGCCGCACAAAAGGCAAGGUUAACUCAAUGGCCGCACAAAAAGCAGGACCGAUUGGGCAAGACUGCGUGAUUCUUAAGACCACCGAAGCCAGCCCGCCGCCGACCAUGGCCACGUUCGGGCGCUACACGCACGCCAUCGUGUGCCGCGUGCCCAACUCGUUCAAGGAGUCGGCGCUGGGCCUGAGCGGGCCGGUGGCGCUGGACGAGGCGCGCCGCCAGCACGAGGCGUACGUGCGCGCCCUGCGCCAGCUGGACGUGGACGUGAUUGAGCUGCCCUCCGACGAGAAGCACCCCGACUGUGUGUUUGUCGAGGACUGUGCGGUUGUCUGCAACGGCAUCGCGCUGCUCUGCCGGCCGGGUCACGCGUCCAGACGCGGCGAGGUGGACACGAUCCGUGCCGUGAUCAAGAAGGAGCUGGAGCUGCCCAUCGUCGAAGUUCUCGACCCGAAGGCGACGCUGGACGGUGGUGACGUGCUCUUCACCGGGCGUGAGUUCUUCGUCGGCCUGUCGGGCCGCACCAACGAGGCGGGCGCGGCGGCGGUGGCGGCCGCCUUCCCCGAGUUCUCGUGCACGCCGGUUCGCGUGCCAGCCGGCGAGCUGCACCUCAAGUCGCUGGUCACAAUGGCGGGGCCGGAUAUCCUCUGCGUCUCGGAGACCGACGAGUCGCAGACCGUGCUGAAGCGCAUCGAGCGGGAGGCGACGUUCCGGUACCAGACGCUGACGGUGCGGGAGCCGGCGGGUGCCAAUUGCGUGCUCGUCAACGGCACUCUGAUCCACCGGCCGCGCUCCGAGUGUCCGGAUGCCUGUGACGUGUUCGAGGACCGCCUGAGCACGGCCCUGCACCCGGUCUGCAUCAGCGAGCUGGCCAAGGCGGACGCAGGGCUCACGUGCUGCUCCAUCCUCAUCCGCAAGUCCAAGCGGCCGCAGCUAUGAUGGAGCCGGCCAGCCGGACGCCCCGCUCAGUCUGCAGCUUCGGCGGUGUUAUGUUCACGACCGGGCGCGGCUCGGCAGGCUCACACUAGAAUCUCGCCUCGGCGUGCCCAGCACGUGGGCUCGCGAGAGUCCCGGUCAGUGCGCAGGUUCGUGCGGUGUGUUGAGUUCGCCGCCUAAAUCCGUUCGUAUUUUGCAAGGCGUUGCCUUUUAUGUUGGUUGGCCAAUGCCCACCAGAGCAAAUUGAUUUGCGCUAGCUAUUGUCGGAGCGUUUGAUCUAGUCAUGCAGGCAUGAUAGCAGGUGUACUGAAAGAAUCUCGUUUUCGUGAGGACGGCGCACCGCUCAGCUUUGUGCAACCCUCGGCGCGGUUGUCCCCGGCGAGGAGCUCGAGUCUGUCGACCUGCGUGUCACUGGAUCAAUCCCAACGAACGGCUUGUCACCCGCGAGUACGUGCACAAAGUCCGGCCGAGGAGCAUUGCAGUCUCACGCGCGCUGCGCCGUGACCAUCGUCCCGCGCCACCAUCAGUGACAGUCACUGCUGCUUCCAAGCGGGAUCACCACCCCGCCCGCCCGCAUCGCAUUCCAGCUCGCCGCCAUGUCUGUGUCCGCUUUGGCGCGGGUGUGUUUCUGUAUCGUCACCGUAUGUUUAGUGGGCAGCAUGACCGAGUUCUAUGAAUAUAGCUUC